AUGAAAGGAGAAGAGUCCAGGAGCCCCUGGAGAACGAUCGAUUUAAAGCCUCUAGACCUUGAGAAGGAAUCAAGCUUGGAGUGCUUUGUAAAAGUAUGUGCAGAGGACCAAGUUUCAGCUUCUAGAAUACAUUUAGUAUCUAACUCUUUCCAAAAAGCCAAAGAUGAAGCCAAGGUCCUAAACUUUUUGUUUCUACUCUUCUUGGCAUAUGCUGUGAACUGGACUGAUGGUAACAAGGUUCGCUAUUUUGAUCUCAGUCACCUGAAUGAAAAUGCCCACCUGCUGAGACAUCUAGUUGGGAACAGACUAAGCUGGGACCGCUACCCUUCUGUUUUCCUGGUAGAACAGCUGGAUCUAAUAGAGGAGACGAGAGGUAAAAGGGCAAGACGGCACCUUACAGAAAGCUGCCCAACACUUAACAAUCCCUACCGUCAUCACCACCACCACUUGGGGGGUAAAAAGGAUCUGAGCAGUCGUUCUAUCUCACCAUGGACAUACAGGAUUGACGUGGAUGAGACAAGGUACCCUGAAAAACUGGCCUUUGCCGAAUGUCUUUGUAAAGGCUGCAUUGAUAUCACAACUGGUGAAGAGAGCUCCUCCAUGAAUUCUGUGGUACUGGAACAAACCAUGAUGGUCCUUCGCAAGAAAACAUGCUCCACAAACAAGAAUGCCUAUACGUUUGAAACAGAUUACAUCAAGGUUCCAGUGGGCUGUACCUGUGUACUCCCCAAAAUGAAAAUGUAAGCUCCUAUGGAGCAAAAUGUUUAAUCAUCAGAACAAUCUUGUAGUGUGGAUUUACACACAGCAACAAAGUAGUGUUUGUUUUAAAACACAUUAUUAGGAAGUUUACCUCUUCAGUUAAACUUUAUUUUAUAUUUAAUGAAUGCCAUAUCUUCAGGAAUAUAUUUUCUU